CAAUAACUUUAAAGUAAAUGAGAAAGAUUAGAAAUUCCUUGGUACAAUGUUGCUAAGAACUGGAUGGUUUAUCAUCGUUCUGAACUAAGGUUCUUCGGUAGAAGGUCAUGAAGCAGUUCAAAAUGUGCCAUUUUGUGCCAUCAAUCCCAUUAGGACAGCUCUAGUUGUGACAAUUGUGAACGGUUCAACGUAUUGCCUUGUUCUGGUGUAAUACAGAGAGUAAAUCCACUCAGUGCAGCUGUUCUUGUAUUUUGUACAAGUAUACACUGCUUGCAUCACACAAAAGUCAGAUAAACUUGAUUGAUUGUAUCUUGUUUAAUGUCCCUCUCGAGAAUUUUUCACUCAUAUGGAGACAUCACCAAUACUGGUGAAGGACUUCAAAUUUAAGCCUAUGCUCGGCGCUUACGGCCUUUGGGCAGUGGUUUCUUUUAGCGUGCCACACCUACUGUGACACAGGACAUCCAUUUUUAAGGUAAUCUCAGAGGACCCGUGACAUUCAUGCACACCUGAUGAAGAGCGUUUGGUGAUGAACUGUCACUACCUGUUUUAAUGACUUAGGUCUGUCGCGGCCUGGAUUCGAACCCAGACUGUCUGCAUGUGGGGCGAACGCUCUACCUCUAGACCAUCACGACAGAUAAACUUAAUUCAUUUUGUUUUAUGUAUAUGUACAUAAGGACAAGGCAGUGCAUUCUAAGCUUGCUGGAGAAUUUGCAAGGCUGAUGGCAGAGGAAGGAUGGAAGAUUGCCUCUAACAGUAACCUUCGACCGACGGUGUCCAUGGCUGGCGGGGGGAUACAGCCGGGAAAUACCGGAGGAAAGAGGAACUACACCACAAGCUCGGAGGGACCUGUCAAUCAAAUGACUGUGUCCCCUGACGGACUGUCUCCUAGAGCCAAGAAUCUGUAUGACAAGGUCAAGGACUUCAUACAGAAAGAGAUUAAGCCUGCAGAGAGAGAGAUGAUGGAAUUCUACAGACAGGAACAAAACGGCUGGAAGGUCUGCCCAACAGGCUGAAGGGCGAAGCCCUCUCACGGUCCGAAGGGCCGUGAGAGUGGAGCUCUCCCUAUAGGUAACACUUCGGAAGUGAAAUUUUCAGGUAAAAGUUGUUUUUUCUGCUGAAAAUUUUAUUUACAUAUGGUGGAAUAGUUUAGAAAGAUUUAAAUUUUUUGUAUAGUUAUUAUACUUACGUUUUAUGUUAAUUUGUCUUAUCAACAAAGUUAUGGAUAGUCAUUUUGUGUUAAUACUGAUUCUAUGAAACACUAUUCUUUCAACUGUGGCCAAAUUCUAUCUAGUGAGGUUUGACAUUUCCAGGUGCUGUACACCCCAACUGCAAAAUCUGUAUAUUCAUGGGAAAAACAGACAAAUCGGCUGUCACACACAGACAACAGAGUAUGAUUCUCGUUCCCAUGGAUGUCCCAGGGGUCAAGAUUGUCAGACCCCUCACUUGUUUUGGCUAUUUAGACAAGCCAGCUGGGCAUGCAGAGGUGAUCUUUGAGAAUGUGAAGGUUCCACUGGACAACAUUUUGCUGGGUGAGGGGCGUGGCUUUGAGAUUGCUCAAGGUCACUUGGGUCCAGGCAGAAUUCAUCACUGUAUGAGACUUAUUGGUAAUGCUGAGCGAGCCAUGGAACUGAUGCUGGAAAGAACUCAGAAUAGAGUUGCCUUUGGGAAGCCCUUGGCUGCACAGGGCACCAUUCAACAGGAUGUAGCGAAAUCCCGAGUGGAGAUAGAACAGACUCGUCUACUGGUGCUCAAAGCUGCUCACAUGAUGGAUAACUACGGCAACAAGGUGGCAGCCCCUGAAAUAGCCAUGAUUAAGGUUGCUGCUCCAAACAUGGCUCAGAAAGUGAUUGAUCGUGCAAUACAGGCUCAUGGUGGAGGUGGUUUGAGUGAGGAUUUUAUCCUUGCCGAAAUGUUUUCCCAGGCCAGAGUUCUGCGACUUGCAGAUGGUCCAGAUGAAGUUCAUCUACGAAAUAUCUCUCGUCAGGAGUACAAAAAAUAUAACUUAUCGAAACUAUGACAGAUGUAAAGAAUUUCUGUGUAUAUCACAUGUACCGUCUCUUGGUGGUGCAGGUGUCUGUGUAACCAAUUUUUAUGCAAAGGCUCAUGUAUCAUGCUUAGCUGAUGGACCAGAUAAAGUUCCCUUACCUCAGAUUACCCAGUCUGAGUACAGAAAGGCCAUAUUAUAAACACUGAUGGAAUUGUUGAUCAUUGAUGUGACUGUGAUGAUAAUUUUCUGUGAUGUAUAAAUUUGAUAAAAAUAAACACUGUAAUUAUAAUACAGUAUAAUCACCAUGACUACCCAUGAUUAACAGUGGAAAUUAUAAUGUUAUGAUAUAUGUAAUAUUUUUAUACAAAGAAUGAAAAAUUUAUUUCCCCGUAUUGUGUGCAUGACCAAGUCAUGUGGUUAAAACACUGAAAAUGCAUAAUAAAAACUUUCAAAAAUUUCA